CGCCGAAGGCGACGACGUGGCGGAAGGAGGCCGGUCUGUAGCUCAACUGAGGCUCACGCACAGGGACUCAGGAUUGGUGCUGGGCUGGGCCGGGGUCUCCGGCCGGAAGCGGAAGUGGAGAAAGGAUGCAGGACCAUCAGCACGUGCCCAUCGACAUCCAGACCAGCAAGCUGCUCGAUUGGCUGGUGGACAGAAGACACUGCAGCCUGAAAUGGCAAAGCCUGGUACUGACCAUCCGGGAGAAGAUCAACGCUGCCAUCCAGGACAUGCCAGAGAGCCAGGAGAUUGCCCAGCUGCUCUCUGGAUCCUACAUUCAUUACUUCCACUGCCUAAGAAUAGUGGACAUUCUUAAGGGGACCGAGGCCUCCACCAAAAAUAUCUUUGGCCGCUACUCUUCACAGCGGAUGAAGGACUGGCAGGAGAUCAUAGGCCUGUACGAGAAGGACAACACCUACUUGGUGGAACUCUCCAGCCUUCUGGUUCGGAAUGUCAACUACGAGAUCCCCUCGCUGAAGAAGCAGAUUGCCAAGUGCCAGCAGCUGCAACAGGAAUACAGCCGCAAGGAGGAAGAGGGCCAGGCGGGGGCCGCUGAGAUGCGGGAGCAGUUCUACCACUCGUGCAAGCAGUACGGCAUCACGGGUGACAAUGUCAGAAGAGAGCUCCUGGCCCUGGUGAAGGACCUGCCAAGUCAGCUGGCUGAGAUAGGGACGGGAGCCCGGGCCCUGGGGGAAGCCAUCGACCUGUACCAGGCUUGUGUGGAGUUUGUAUGUGACAGCCCCGCAGAGCAGGUGUUGCCCAUGCUGCGGUACGUGCAGAAGCGGGGAAACUCAACGGUGUAUGAGUGGAGGACGGGGACGGAGCCCUCUGUGGUGGAGCGGCCACAGCUGGAGGAACCUCCUGAGCAGGUGCAGGAAGAUGAGAUCGACUGGGGUGACUUUGGGGUGGAGGCCGUUUCUGACUCUGGCGUCUCUGCCGAGAGCCCUGGAAUAGACUGGGGUAUCUCCCUGGAAUCAGACUGCAAGGAUGCUGGGGGUGACAGGAUAGACUGGGGCGACAACACUGCUGCUACGGGGAUCACCGUGCUGGAGACAGGGACCGAGGCUCCAGAGGGUGUUGCUAGGGGCUCUGAUGCCCUGACUCUUCUUGAAUACCCCGAGACCCGGAAUCAGUUCAUUGAUGAGCUCAUGGAGCUUGAGAUCUUCUUGUCCCAAAGAGCGGUAGAGAUGAGUGAGGAGGCCGACAUCCUGUCCGUGAGCCAGUUCCAGCUGGCUCCUGCUAUCCUUCAGGGCCAGACCAAAGAGAAGAUGCUCAGCCUGGUGUCCACACUGCAGCAUCUGACUGGCCGGCUCACCAGUCUCCGAAUGCAGCACCUUUUUAUGAUUCUGGCCUCACCGAGGUAUGUGGACCGAGUGACGGAGUUCCUCCAGCAAAAGCUGAAGCAGUCACAGCUGUUGGCUUUGAAGAAAGAACUGAUGGUGGAGAAGCAGCAGGAGGCACUUCAGGAGCAGGCCGCUCUGGAACCCAAGCUGGACCUGCUGCUGGAGAAGACCCGAGAACUGCAGAAGCUGAUUGAAGCUGACAUCUCCAAGAGGUACAGCGGCCGUCCCGUGAACCUGAUGGGGACCUCUCUGUGACACACUCCCCCUGUGUCUUCUGCCCUGCUUCCUGGCCUGCAAGUGGAGGUGGAACAACCUGGGCUUGUCACUAGGCCUCACCAGCAAGAAGCCAGGCAGACCUGGGGACACAGCCGUGAGCAGGAGUGUCCCCAGAAUGGAGGAGACACUGGCACUCACAGUGAUCUCUGCAAGAAGCUGUCUUGAGUGGUUCCCUGGCCUGUGGCUCAGUGGCCUGUCAGCCUGAAGCCACAGCUUCUCCUUCUAGUUAUCAAGUAAGGCUUAAUUAAAAAAAAAAAAAAAAAAAAGGAGA